GACCCGAACUGUCUGUCUAGUUCGUCUCGCUAUCGUCCCCAAUGGCCCCCACAGCUGUCUACGUUCCUUCUGCCAUUCCACAAGACCACCGUUCUGCUGUCGCCGCUGUUCCCGCCAAAGGACCUGCACUCGCUAUCGGAUCUCUCGUUACAGCUCAAGAUGGAAAAUACCAAUCUGUCAUUUCUAAUCUCGACGAAACCAGACAGGUGGAGAAACAGAUGCUGGACAGAUUGCUCGAUGGAGCCACGGUGUUGACACCUUUGACAUACUCCUCUGUCCAUGUGAUUUUGACCCCACCAGAGUACGAGCGUCUAAUGCCUUCCCUAUCAUCUUUGCUUUCUCAACUUCUGGACGGUCUUACUCCGUUGGGAACGUUGCAUUUACUCAACCUUACAUCUGGUUUUUCGACUCUCCCAUCAGAGCUCACACUUGCUGGGUUCACCAUUCUAUCCACUUUCACCGAAGAAGGAACCCUCAUCGCUCAAAAGCCUGCACAUUCCGUCGGCACCAAACUUUCUAUUGAAACCAAGUCUACAGCCAUCAACGGAGCCGGGGCAGCCCCGUCUAUGGCAUUACCGCGACGCAAGUUGGAUGCGGAGCGCAAGUCAUCUAAGAAGGCCCUAUGGACUUUGAGUUCUCCAUCCACACCAACAAUCGAUGCUGAAGCUCUUCUUACUGCGGCGGACAAGGAACGGCCGGUUGCUAUAUGCGAGCCCGUGAAUGCCAGUGCCCCUCGGCGAAAGAAAGCAUGUAAGAAUUGCUCGUGUGGUCUUGCUGAGUUGGAGGCAGAGGAGCUGAAGCAAAGCAAGGUGGUGGUGCUUGAUGGCUCAGAGAGCGGACAGGCUACGGAAGUCGCACAGGGUGAGAAAGAACGGUUGAUAGAUGCUGCGAAAGCAGCACCCAAGGCGACGAGCAGCUGUGGAAGCUGUUUCCUUGGGGAUGCAUUCCGAUGUGCUGGAUGUCCCUACCUUGGUCUGCCGGCAUUUAAGCCUGGAGAGAAGGUGGAGAUCGACUUUGGGAUGGACGAUCUGUGAACUGUGUCAUAUUAAUUGUUUACUUGCUCUCGCAGCACGUCGUUGAUAUGCGAAACAUUAAAGUGUUAUUUAUGUAGAUGCUGCAAGAACUACUGUAUUGUAAUAUUUUUGUUCAAGGCAAACGAAUAUCAAUUGUAUGAUAGUAACU